UGCGAGUGCGCGGGCCGCCCAGAAGGGGCCGCCGAUUGGACCAGCGGCUCUCGAAUGAUCUGCCUGGGACCGAGAACCGGCUGAAUGGCUGGGUGGCGUCAGCUAAACAGCCAAAUUCUGGGGACUUUGUCACGGUCCACACCGGCAAAGGGAGGACACGAGGGAAGAGCGAUCGGCCAUAUUGUCUGAGGAUGGAAGCGUGAGAAAAAAGGCGAGACAAGGAAGGACAGCCUGAGCGAACCAACGAGACUCCGCCGGAGAGAAGAAGCGGGAAGCGGAAGGCAGGAGGCGGGGGGGCGGACAUGGGUGGCGGAGGACAGCAGACGGAGCCCGGCUCCUCGGGCGGCCGCAACGGCGUGCUCUACACAUGGGAAGAGGUCCAGAAGCACUGCCACAAGAUGGACAAGUGGCUCGUGAUCAACAGGAAGGUGUACAACAUCACCGAGUGGGCCAAGAGGCACCCGGGCGGCAUGCGGGUCAUCAGCCACUACGCCGGAGAGGAUGCCACGGAUGCAUUUCAUGCGUUUCACCCAGAGCCAGAGUUUGUGCGGAAAUUUCUGAAGCCCCUGCUGAUUGGAGAACUGGCUCCUUCUGAACCCAACUUAGAUCGCCAGAAAAAUGCAAUUAUAGUGCAAGAUUUCCGGGCCCUCCGUGAACAAGUCGAAAAAGCAGACUUGUUCCGUUCAGAUCCUCUGUUCUUCUGCCUCUACCUGGGGCACAUCUUGCUCCUUGAAGCCCUGUCUCUGUUUCUGUUGUGGAAUUGGGGCACGGGCUGGACCCAGACCCUACUGUGCGCAGUGAUCCUGACCACUGCCCAGUCCCAAGCUGGAUGGCUUCAGCAUGAUUUUGGCCACCUGUCUGUCUUCAAGAAAUCACGCUGGAAUCAUUUGGUGCACAAGUUCGUCAUCGGACACCUAAAGGGUGCUUCUGCCAACUGGUGGAAUCAUCGGCACUUCCAGCAUCAUGCUAAACCUAACAUCUUCAGCAAGGACCCUGAUGUCAACAUGCUGCACGCCUUAGUACUGGGAAAAACGCAGCCAGUGGAGUAUGGAAUAAAGAAGCUGAAGUAUUUGCCUUAUAAUCAUCAACAUCAGUACUUCUUCCUAAUUGGGCCACCUCUGCUGAUUCCUGUGUAUUUCAGCAUUCAGAUUAUGCAUACUAUGUUCUCUCGUCGGGACUGGGUGGAUCUUGCAUGGGCACUAUCAUACUACUUGCGAUACUUCUAUUGCUACGUCCCCUAUUACGGAUUCCUUGGCUCAAUUGCACUGGUCACGUUUGUAAGGUUUAUGGAGAGCCACUGGUUUGUGUGGGUCACUCAGAUGAACCACAUUCCCAUGGACAUUGACCAUGAGAAGCACCAGGAUUGGCUAACCAUGCAGCUGGUUGCCACCUGUAACAUCGAACAAUCAUUCUUCAAUGACUGGUUCAGCGGACACCUCAACUUUCAGAUUGAACAUCAUCUGUUUCCCACAAUGCCCCGGCACAACUACUGGCGUGCAGCCCCGAUGGUCCGCGCUGUCUGCGAGAAGCACGGCAUUCCUUACCAGGUUAAAUCGUUGUGGCGGGGCUUCGCCGAUAUUGUAAGCUCUCUUAAGGAGUCCGGAGACCUUUGGUUAGAUGCAUACCUCCACAAAUAACCCCGACGAUGUUACCUGGUAGGGUUUUGUCACUGAAGAGAAGACGUUUUAUCGGAAGCGAAACAUCGAUUCCCAGUUGUGGCUUUACUGAAUGUAAUGAGGCCCUAAUUUGGUUAACCUAAUCUACCUUUUGUAUCUAACAAUGAUAGUUUUGUGAUUUUCUAAAAACUGCAAUUGUUGUAUUUUGCUUUUUGUAGCUGGGAGAAAUGUGGAAAGUCCUGUAGACAUAUUCAAGAUAUUUCUAAUUUUCUGACACUUUAUACUUUGGUGGGAGACUGAUGCAAAUCCUCUAUCUUGCCACUAUAUUACCUUCGUACCAACAAAGCUGAAUGGCAUUUGCAUUUUAGCAAAGGAUAUUCUGUUAAACAGCAACAAGCAGGAGAUAGAUUUCUAAAGCACUUACAAAAAAACGCAAAGAACAGUUCCAGCCAUAGACCAGGGAUUGUACAGCUAAAACAAUAAAGCUCAGCUGGGUGUAUCAGUCUCUCAGUGCCUGCCUUCGCACAACAUGGAGGCAAUGUUAAUACAUUUGUUUUGUUAAAUGGGACUCAGGCAACCAACCCCUUCACGGCCUUCAGGGCUAAGACAAAGCCCUCAGAACUUGCAUUUGAAAUCGUGCCUGACUUUCAGCUUCUAGAUGGGUUCUGUAAGGUCAAUUUUCUUUAUACAAAUGUGAGAAGACAUUGAAAAUGUUAGUUGACUUUUCAAACAAUCAACAAUUAAAAAAAAUACAAUUUGUGGGCUCAUUGCGUGGAAAAUCUAUGCUUUUCUUUUUCUUUUCUUCUUUUUCUUUAAGUACAUUUUCUUUAACAACCAUAUGGGAUUUAUUUAUUCAAUGUAAAUGAUAAGCAACAAGUUCCAUGGCAAGUGGAUCUCGUGGCUGCACAUCUUAAAGGUUUUGAGACUGUAUAUUGGCAAAAAAGCAAUCUUAAGUUGUAUUAUAGUACUU